CGCCGAGCUGGGCGGACGUGUGUCGCACACCGCGCUGCUGAGUUCCGGGCUCGUGACGUGACGAGAAAAGCACGAGUCCUACUGCAGGUCCGCGUCGCGUCGCGUGGCGGGGACACAGUGAGUUGCGUGCAGUAUUUCUCUCUACGUGCGCUGUAUGCAGCCUGCCAGGGCGACGCGCCUGUCACGUGCUACCUUCCAACACACAGCCGUCCGAGAAGGUGGGCGUGGGCGCCGCCGGAGCCCAGUAGCCGGCGGGCCAUGCCGGAGCGCCGCCGCCGCUGACGCCGCCUUGGCUACGGACGGCGCGCGACAUGUCGCCAUGAGGCGACGGACCCCACAGCGACGCCAUGCCGCCAUGAGGCCGCUGCCGCUGCCGCUGCUGCUGUUGCUGCCGCUGCCUCUCCUGCUGCUGCCAUUGGCUGCCGAGGGAACCGUGCGGCCGCUCCCAGGGAGGCGGAUGAAUAAUUUUCUGUGUGGGGAGAGGCCGCAGGGCGCCUCCACAAUGGCCGACCCCGGCGUGUCAAACAAGGCGGGCGCAGCACGGCUCAGCACUGCCCACGGUGUCCUGGCCGGCACACGCGCCGCCUUCCUUCAUUUCGUGGCACCAUUCCUCCCUCUGGUUUGA